GCUAACACAUUGGCAGUGGUGUGAAAAUCCUUCCUGUUGGCAUGAGAUGCUGGGAGCAUCUCCCCUGCUCCUUCAACCUUUGCUCUUUGUUUCGCUUCACCCUUCCUCCGGUAGCUCUCACUGCACUGGCCACAGACUUCCUUUAGGUCAGACCAGCUACGGCUGCCACACAACUUGCAGCCGAGUUGCAAACACUGUCGUGCCCCUGAGACUGCCCCGGAGGAGAACAAUGCCAGACAGAGGUUGAUGGCCUGCUCAGUCCAGUAGUCCAAGUCUCCAGAAAUGACCGGGAAGCCUCUCCAGGAGAUUUGAGUAGCCAGGAGAUGGAGUUACAAACAUUGCUUCUGAAAGCUGAGGUGGAAGGAGGCUGAGAAAUGAAGAAGACCACAUGCUCCUUGUUGCCCCAGAGCUGGUGUUCAACAGCAGCACCCUUUCCCCUUCAGGGAAUAAAGUGCAUCCAUUAAAGUACACUUUGAUGUGUGUGUCCUGAUGGUUUUUGUAUCCUCCCAGACAGUCCAUCCCCAUAACACUGGCUUUUUGUACCUGACAUCUGCUUGGCAGCUCCACCAUGCACCACUGGGUGCAUGGCACUGCUGCCAUGAAGGACUUGGUUAAGUGUGUGGCGCUAAAGACCCACGUGUGUCAAGAGUGUGGCAGAUCCUUCAGCAAGAAGGGGAACCUGAAGAGACACCAGCGGAUCCACACAGCAGAGGAGGUUUUCACUGGUGGGGAGUGUGGGAGGCACUUCACCACCCAGGGGCACCUCAUGACCCACCAGAGCAUCCACACAGGAGAGAGACCUUUCUGCUGUGGAGAGUGCGGGCAAUGCUUCCAUCUGGAGAUAUGCCUGGCUGCCCACCAGAAGACACACACCAAAGGUGGUCCCUACCUCUGCACCCAUUGCAACAAGAGCCUGAGCACAAAGAGCUACUUCAGUAUCCACAUGCGGACCCACAUGGAGACGAGGCCAUUCGCCUGCACCGAAUGUGGGAAGAGCUUUGUGAAGAAGGGCACCCUCGCCACCCACAGAGAGAUCCACAAGAGGGAGAAGCCCUUCAAAUGCCCCAACUGCAGUAGAUGCUUUGGGCAAAGUGCCACACUGGUGGCCCACCAGAAGAUACACCUCCACGGGGGGCCUUUCAUUUGUACCGAGUGUGGGAAGAGCUUGAGCACCAAGAGAUAUUUUGGUGUCCACCAGAGGAACCAUGCUAAGCAAAAGCAAAAGGCGCUUGAGGGACAUAUUAAUGGUUUGUCUCUCCAGGUCAUGCAGAUUAAAGAGGAGCCUGAUCUUGCCUUCAGGCCAGAGGAGACUAUGUCAGGAAAUAUGUCAUAUGAAGGAGAUGCCCAGGGAUGUAGCAUACCUAGAAUCCCAUUUAAUCCAAAAAGUCCUCCUUGGAAAAUCCAGGUGAAGGAGGAUCCAGAACCACCCACUGAUGACACAGCAAACAUUUCUGCGAUAGCCUGCCAGAAACUUUACAUCAAGGAAGAGCCACCAGAAAAUCUGGACUAUGGAAAGAUCCCACUGGUGGCUUUACAGGGGAGACUGCUUAAAAAGGAAGAAGAUGUUGAUGGCCAGCAUGAGCAGGAAGUCCCCACAGCCAGUAACCUGGUGCUCCAUGUGAAGGAAGAACCACAGGAAAGCAUUGAGUUUGGGAUGCAUUAUGGGCAGAAGUCAAACCUCAGUGCUAUCCAGAGAAUCCAAACUAAAGAGGAGCCUUGUCUGGAGGCCAGUCACCAGGAGAGCCAGAGCCCAAAGAGGAAGCAGAAGAAAAGCUAUCUGUCCACCAAAGAAAGGAUGCUGGAGAACCGGGAGAAAUCCAUGUCCAAAGACCCCUCAGUGAAAGGAGCUCCCAGGGGUGAACGCGUUUUCCCCUGUCCUGAGUGUGGGAAGAGUUUCAACCAGAAAUCAAACCUGACCAGACACAGGAAGAUCCACACAAGUGAGGGGCCAUACAAGUGCAGUGAGUGUGGGGAGAGCUUCCGCAUGAACCGCAAGCUGAUCCGCCACCAGCGAGUCCACAUGAGCGAGCCCUUCAAAUGCAGCGAGUGUGGGAAGAGCUUCACCCAGCGGUCAAAUCUGGUCCGGCAUCAGAGGAUUCACACCAAGGAGGAGCCCUACCAGUGCCCCGAGUGCGAGAAGACCUUCAACCAGAAGGCCAACCUCUUCCGUCACCAAACCAUCCAUGUCCGCAUGGGGCCUUGCAAGUGCACCAAGUGUGGGAAAUGCUUCCCCCAUAAGCGCCACCUGAUCAAACACCAGCUGCUCCACUCCCGAGGUGGGGCCUACAAGUGUGGGGUCUGUGAGAAGCGUUAUCGGCUGAAGAAGUACCUGAGGAGGCACCAGAAGAUCCAUGAACGAGAAGGAGCUACUCCCUGCUUAAAACAGGGGGAGGCCACAAGGACCGGCAGUGGACCCCACCACAACAGACAGAGAGCGUUGUACCCCAUGAAUAGCAAAGAGGAGAGCUGAGAGGAUGUGGUGCUUGGCCUGUGGGAAAGUCCUUUGGGAAAGGAGAGGGAUGGAGACAAACUCUGCUUGCCUUAUGUAUGCAGUAUCUGGGCACUGAGAGGUCAACUUGAGGAUACAGUGGGGACAAUGGGGCAGAGCGCUGCU